AAAACAUCUCCUUGGUAGCGUUUGUCAACAAAACGUCAGAGCGGACUGACAGGAGGGAACGUGCGGCGUGAGGCUGAGAGACGGCUAAUGAUAUUGAAGACAUAAUAGGUCAUGGCUUCAGGAAACAUCAAGCCAGGGCUUCAAGGCAAGAAGGUUAUAGGUCGUGGAGAUGUGAAGAAGAUGGUUCCCAUGCAGCGGGCAAGACACAUGGCUUAUGAACAGCCCAGCAAAGUGAUGGCCGCCUCCUUGCUCAUGACUCAAAACCGACUGAGGGAGCAUGCUCUGAAGUCCAUCCCAAAACCCCAACAGCGGGUCCUAGACCCAGAACAAGAGAAACAGGAGAAGGUGGUGGGUCAGCUAAAAGCCGCAGAAGCUCAAAACCGUAUACGCUUGAUGAGACUUCGCUUUCAGAGCAUGAGGGCCCAGGACUUAAAAUACCUGAUCUCCUGCCAACCGACUGCCCGUGAAGCCAUCAGACUGGAAGUGUUCCUGCCACAUAGAACCCAUGAAGACAAGUUCUGUGACUCUUUACGACGGCAACAGAGAGAACGAGUAGAAAGCCUCCUGGAGGACGAUCGAGGACUGAUGACUAACCGCAUUCCCUGAGUGACCAGACCAGAGCUGGCCUAAUUAUACAGAACACAAGCCGUGGUAUCCGGACACAUUCCACUGUAGUCUGGAACUCAAGUGUGCAUCUGAACCAUCCUUAUUAAAGACCGCAUUUACUGCCCA